AUGGUGAAUAUGGACAUUCUUCCAAGAGCCAUGCCCGAAUUAUUGUGCGGUACCGCUCUCCAAUGGUAUCGCAACAAUAACGAACAUUGGGAGAGUUGGACAACCUUCAAAAAGGACUUUCUGCGCUUCUUCCUACCAGCACGUUACUUCGAACGCCUCGAAGAUAACAUACGGCAGCGAAGACAACACGUUCGAGAAAAAUACAAGGACUACGUUCUAGCUAUGCAGAGCUUAAUGCGACACGUUGGGUAUAAUCCGGAAGAGCGGCUGGAAAGAAUUUUUCGGAAUAGUCACACCGAUUAUUUGCUCUACAUUCAGCGGCGAGAUUUCGAGACGCUGGCUGAACUCAUCACACUGGCAGAAGAGUACGAAGGGAUAUAUGAAGGGCAACGACGAGGAGUAGAGCCACCUCGACGCGAGAUGACGAGACACAUUAUAGGUGACCACGAGGCGAGACAUGCAAGUAGGCCGUUACCACGUCCACCACAACACCACGCAACGGUAGAGGCGUAUCGCCAGCAACCAUCUACGAGUAGAACCUUUAGCCCUGGAAAUAUAUGCUUCAGAUGCGGUCAGGAAGGUCACUAUGCUAGGGAAUGCCGUAAUCCCAAGAAAUUGUGUUGCAGGGAGUGUGGCCGAGCGGAUGUGCUAACGAAAGAAUGUUGUCAUAAACAACAGGGAAACGACCAAGGGUUUCGCCAAAGACAAGGCGCGGCGAACCCACGGGACUCAGCGCCGAACAACCAAUAA